AUGACUGUUUCUCCACCGGCCACCAGUACUCCACCAGCCGAGUCACCAAGUGUUCUUCCAGAAUCUAUUGGCUGGUUAUUCAUUGAAAGAUACUAUGAAGUUUAUACCAAGAGUAUCAAUAAUCUUUUCAAAUUGUAUGAUAAGAAUGCUAGUAUCAGUCAUGAUAAGUUCCCAAACUCGGAAUCUCCCGAACAAAAAGUCUUGUAUCAAGCUAAGGGUACUGAGGCAAUUAAAAGCCAUUUUCAAGGAGUUGAAUCGUCUCCUGAAGUUCAAAAUAGAAUUGUUAUCACCAGUGCUGAUUUCCAACUUUCUUUUGAAAAAAAUAUCUUGAUUGUUGUUUUCGGUGAAUGGGCCAAAGGUGAUUCGCCAUAUUAUCAGUUUUCUCAAACUUUUCUUUUAUCUCCAAGUAAAGAAAAAGUUUACGAUGUUGGAAAUGAUAUUUUAAAGUAUAUCGAAGUUGGUAAAUAUGAUGAAUCUAAAAUUAACCAAACUUACGUUGAAUCUGUUAAACCAGAAUCUGAAAAACCUGUUGCAGAUGCAACUCCUGUGUCCAAUGGCUCCAAACAAGCAAAACAAGAAUCAAAAGAUACUGAGACUGAAUUAAAGAGCGUAUCUGCUGAAAAAGCUGAAAAAGCUGAAAAAGCUGAAAAAGCUGAAAAAGCUGAAAAAGCUGAAAAAGUUGAAAAAGUUGAAAAAGUUGAAAAAGCUGAAAAAGCUGAAUCAAAAACUGAACCAAAAACUGAACCAAAAGACGAACCUAAACCUGAACCAAAAGACGAACCAUCGGAAUCUAAAGACAAAGAACCAAUCGGACCUAGAGAAAAGUCUUCUGAUGUUAAUGACCUGGAUAAAGAUGCUGAUACCACAGAAUCCAAGCCAAGUGACGAAGAGGAUUUCACCAAAGAAUCAAACAGAUCUUCGGCACCAUUAUCUUGGGCAGCAUUGGCCGCCAAAGAACCACCUAAAUCAAGUACCGGUCAAACUGCCACCGUUGCUUCUCCCGGGGCCGCUAAAGCAGCUCCAGCUCCAGCUCCAAUUGUGAAAAAGUCGACUCCACCACAGAAGGUCAGUCCGGCUCCUAGCACCAACCCCACUGCUCGUCCAACUCCUAAUGGGAAAUACAAAAAAGAAGACUGGUACCCAAUUUAUGUUCGUGAUGUCGAGGUGGACGACGAAGAAUUGAAAGAUGCCUUGGCCAAAAACUUUGGUCAACUCAAAUUCUUCAGAAGAAACAACAGAGUUGCAUUAAUUGAUUUCAAAACAAAACAAGAUCAAGAAGCUGCCUUGAAAGCUAAAACUCUCAAAAUUGGUGAAAAUGUCAUUUCUUUAGAACCAAGAGAACAUAGAAAUAAUAAUAGCAAACCCGACUUUAAACGUGGAAGAGAUAAAAAACAAAACACCAAUAAAAAAAACAGAUCUAGCUCUAGAAACUAG